AGCGGGCUGCGCGCGGCCGGGGGGCGGGGGAGGGCGGGCCCCGCGGCCCGGCUCGUGGCCCCGAGUCGUUGGGGAGAGCCCGAGAGGAGCGGAGCCAGAGCCGAGGGGCCGAGGGGGAGGAGGAGGAGGACGAGGAGCAGCCGAGCGGAGCCCAGCCCGAGGAUGGAGCCCAGCCCCAGGAUGGAGCCCAGCCCCUGGAUGGAGCAGCCGCCGGCGGCCCGGCGCUGAGGCGCGGCGGAGGCAUGGGCACCCGGCAGACCAAGGGCAGCCUGGCCGAGAGCUCCGGCGCGCCCCCCGUCGCCGCCGCCCCGGCCCCGGCCCCGGCUCCGGCCCCGGCCCCGGCCCCGGCCGCCCCCCGCCGCCGGAGCUCGGCCCGCGAGCGAGGCGAAUUGUGGGCGGCGCUGCUGCUGCGCCCCGGGGACAAGGCGGCCCGCGCCAGCUCCGGGGCCGGGGCCAGCCUGCCCCCCUACCACCGGCGGGUGUGCAUGAUCCAGGAGCUGCUGGCGCUGGUGCGCCAGGGCCGCCAGGACGAGGCGGGCGAGCUGCUCCGCCACCUGCGCCAGGACUUGGGCAUGGAGUCGACAUCGCUGGAUGACGUCCUCUACCGCUAUGCCAGCUUUCGGAACCUGGUGGACCCCAUCACCCAUGACCUCAUCAUCAGCCUGGCCCGAUACGUGCACUGCCCCAAGCCAGAGGGUGAUGCCCUGAGCGCCAUGGAGAAGCUCUGUCGGCAACUGAUAUACCAUCUCAGCCCUCACUCCCAGUGGAAACGCCAAAGCCUUGUGAAGAGGAGAUCCCAGGCCUCCCUGAAAUCGCUCUUGGUGGGGGUCCCCCAAGAUAACACGGUGGACCUGGCGGGCAUCGCGCUGACAUCCCGCGACGUGGAUCGGCUGAUGGGCUACCUGCAGCGCUGCGGAAACCAGGUGGACAACCUCGAACUGGGCUUCACUGAACUCAGCGACGUGUUCCUCCGGCUGCUGCCAACCAUCAGCUGCCUGCCCCACCUCACCACCCUCUCCCUCAAUGGCAGCUUGACCAAGGCCGUGCUCCGGGACUUCACCGACAUCCUCAAAGACCUCAGCAAGUUCCCCUGUGUCACAUGGAUUGACUUGGGCAAUAACGUGGACAUUUUCUCUCUGCCCCAGCCUUUCCUCCUCAGCCUCCGGAAGCGUUCUCCCAAACAGGGCCAGCUUCCCACUAUCCUGGAGCUGGGCGAGGGGCCUGUUGGGGGAGAGGAAUCCGAGGACAGCCUGCCCCGGCGAGGUGGAGGACUCUGGGGAGACCAUCCAUCUCCUGAGACGAAGAGGAAGCCGCUCGAAGAGGAGUCUGCGACCCCUAUAGUCAGCCAGACAUGACGUGGAGGGAGAGGGUCGGGAUGAUUUGUAUGGAACUGGUACAGAGGGAUGUCACCUGGGCGUCUUCUGACCAAUGACUUCACCAGGAAGCUUCCUCUUUGGGCAACCAUCAGCCUCAUCCAGGUCUCUUGUAGGGCAGAGGGGAGUCGGCGACCUCUCGGGGCAGGUCACCCAGAUUGGGUGGGUCUAACCAAAUGGAGAGCAGCCCCCCACCCAAGCAGAUCAGGAGAGGGGAGUUCGCCGAUCCCCCCCUUCCUUGGGUUUCCGCCUCUGUCCACCUCCCAGGCUCUUGUCUUUUCUCAUCCUCUCUCCCGUGUUGUACGUGCUGUGAUGUUGUCUGCCUCUUAGAAGUCAUCACCGGCUCCAGGAUGCUCCCCUGUCUCUUCUCUGGGCCCCAGCCUGUCCCUCCACCUCUCCUCAUGGAGCGAAGGGGGUGGGAGGUCACUAAAAGGGAGCUUAGAGGUCUUCUAGUUCAACCCCCUUCUUUUACAGCAGGAGAAACUGAGGCCCUCGGUGGAGAAUGGCUUGUUUGGAUCCCAUCAGUAGUGACAGAGCUGGUGUUGGACCCAGGUCCGACAAAGUUACCCCCAGGGCCAAGUAGGCGGGGUGUAGAGAGAGGGGCCCAUUGACCCUGCAGAAACCAGUGGGCCCUGGGUUCGAGAAAUCCAUUUUUGCUUUUUCUAGAGAAGGCCCUGGAAUGCGGGGAAGAAGGGCUCCCAUAGGGACCCACCUUUCAGAGAAAAGGGAAGGGGGGCGGUGCUAAGCACUCAAAAAGAGGAUGAGAAAAAAGGCAUCCCUCUCCUUGGAGAAUGGCCUUUGGAUGCUGGGGUUUAGGAGGGAAGGUGGGCCGAGCCAAGGAUCUCCCCUUCAUCCAGUUUCCCCACACCCCCUCCUCCUAGGGACCAAGCCCUAGGCCUGAAUUCACCUCCAUCCUUUGAUUCAGAAUGCCCCUCCGGAACCUCUGUGCACUCUAGAAGCACUGCCCCUGCCAGGUCAGAACCCCAGCUCUAGAUCCCCAGUGGGGCCUAGUCACUGGAGGACCCCGGGUGGUUGGGAUGGGGGGAGCCCAGGCCACACCUGGAUGCCCAUCACGUCUCAGUGUCUUUGCCCCCAGCAGGCUCAGCCCAGUGCUGGGACCCUGCUGACUUGGGUUUUUUUAAAGGUUGUCUUUUGUACAGUUUCCCAGAAUCCACAGAGCUGAAGAUCAGACUCAGCACCUGUCCGUGACUCUCCCCUCUGCCCCUCCCCGCUCCCAAGUCUGUUUGGGCCGUCUUUGUCCCUGUCACUCUCUCCCACCUGGGUAUGAACAGGCCUGGCCGGACCUCAAAGCUACCCCAGGCUGGCAGUGUCUUCCUCCGUCCGUGGAAAUAAAGACAACCAGCCGGAGUCCAGACAUCGUCUGCUUCCCUAGAGGGUCAGCCGCUGAUGUCAUUUGUCACAGGCUAAUGUCGGUCUGAAGCAUGGCUGCUGAUGGAGGUCUGGUGAUUCCUGGGGGCGUGGGCGAGUGGGGAGGGGGAGGCUAUUGCUCAGGAGGCGUAUCUGCUCCCACUCCCGAAAGGGGAUUUGGAGAACAAGGUGUCCUCCUCCCACCCUGCCCCCCCCUCCCUCCCCUGCCCACAUCGCCAACCCUAGCCAGCAGCUCCGGGCCUCUCUCUGCCAGCCGCCUCCCACCUGCACCCUCGGAGAGACUGCAGUCUGGCUUCAUGAUGGAGAAUGAUGAGAAGAGCUCCCAAGGGCCCCUUUCCAGGCCAGAGCCUCCCCCUCCCCCCCUACCUCCUUCCCCAAAGUGGCAAAUGUAGUGGAGCUGAUUGGAGCUGCUAACAACCAUUAGGAGACUCAUCUCCCUCCCUCCCUCCCUCCCUCCCUCCAUCCCAGAGCAUCAGCCAAGGCUGGCUCCUCUCCACGUUCGGGAAUAUGGGAACCGGGAGCCAGGACACGGCAGAGGUUCCCCACCCACAGCCUGGAUAAGGAGUGCCCUCGGUUACCCGGGUGGGGCUCCUCUGAGCUGGGACCAUCUAGGCAGCGGCUUUAGCUGCACUGGCCUCUUCCUCGUUCCCCCAACCCCACCCUGCCCUUCUCAGAUGCAUCAUGCCUUUCCACCCCCUCCACGGCGGACCCCAGUCACACCAGCCACGUGGGGCCGGGCUUGCUCUCCAGUGUAGACUGGAGGGCAAGGGAAGAGAAGGCAUAGCUUGGAAACAGAGGGACCGGUCCAGCCGCGCCUGGGCAGCUGUCAAAGGGGCAGCUAGGAGGGAAAAGAGGGGAGCUGACAGCGGCUACCUGGGUGACUGGCCCCUUUCAGAACAGUUUUCCCAGCUGGGGGGGAGGCUGCCUGCUGUUCCUGGGGCUAACAAACAGAAAUUAGCCUUUGGGGUGGGAACCAGCUCCCAGCCAGAUUCUGCCCAUAUCUCUAGGGCACCUGGUACUUUGGAAGAAGCACCUCCUUGAGGAUUGAGAGGACCUGGGUUCAAAUCUCACCUCUGAUUUUUUUACUACCUUGGGCAAGUCAUCUACUUCCCUUGGGCCUCAGUUUCUACAUCUGUAAAAUAAGAGGGUUGAGCUAGAGAUGGGCAUCUGGGGUCUCCUCCAGUUCUAGAACAUAGAUUUUAGGUCUUCAAGGGACCCAGAGC